AUGCGUCCCGAUCUUAUGAAGCUUUCCCACAACGACCCUAGUUCCGGGCAUAUGGCAGUUAAUCGUUGCGUUGAGCGUCUGCAACAACAUUAUUACUGGCCUGGAAUGGCCUCAGAAGUGCAACUGUGGAUCGCAGAAUGUGAAAUGUGCAACCGCCGUAAGUCUCCUGUGUCAUCCCGUAAAUCACCCAUGAAAAGCAUAAAGGUUGGUCACCCAAUGGAAUUAUGGGUAAUGGAUAUCUUGGGCCCACUUCCUCUAACUGCACGGGGAAAUCAAUACAUCUUGGUGAUGUCUGACCACUUUACCAAGUGGGUAGAGGCGGUGCCGCUAGCUAACCAAAGAGUCGAUACCGUAGCGAAAGCUUUUGUUGACGAAGUUGUGACUCGACACGGUGUUCCUCGUAAAUUCUAA